GUUAGAUCCCUGCUGUUCUCUCCUCCCUCCUCUGCUGCUGGGGGCAGCAGGAUUCUGGACAGUCGCCCCCUCCAUCUCUUUGGACCACUGCCUCAUCCUCUACAAAACAAGGACAUUGGACUAAAUGAUCUCUAAGACUCUUUCCAGCUCUAAUGGUCCGUGCUUUUAAGGGAACUCUUCUAUUAUCAUCAGUAACAAAGGAGUCCUGAAUACCCUCUAAUUUUAUCCUUGGAGCUUUCUCCACAGUACUUGAAUCACAGAAUCUUUGAGCAGGAGAAACCUUUGAGGUCAGCCAGUGUCACUUGAGGGUGACCUGAGCCCAAGAAGAGCCAUGAGAUGUCUCAUCAACCAGGAAAUGAGGGGGUCGGACACUGUUGUGUGAGUAGAGGACAACCAAUGGAUGGUCCAAGGGUUGCACUGGUCCUCAUGAAAUAGUAAAAGUCCCAGGAGCAUUUAUUAUUCACUCACUCUUUGUUGGGCCCAUUUCUAGGGGUGGAGUAUACAAAGACAAGGAUGAAAUGGUCUCUGCUCUCAAGGAGCUUACAUUCCAUUGUAUGCCAGGCACAGUGUUAGAUGUGGAGUGUGCAAUUACAAAAAAUAACAGUCCUUGUUAUGAAGGGUGAAUCACUGAUGAAGGAUUUCCAGGAGAACAGGAGGAAGGAAAGGACAUGGGUCUCAUAGGAUAAGGAGAGGUGGAUGGGAUUACCAUCUGUCCUGGUGGAAUGAGCCCCCAUUGGUGAAAUCCCAGAUCUGUUGACUGACAAUGGAUUGUAAGUCCUCUGGAGCAGGCUCUUUGUAAAUGAGAGCAGCAAGCAGGAAGGAGACUAACUGGGAACUAAGGGGAACUCUGGUUCCCUGAAACAGGCAGUCUGUGGGGCCUUCUAUCCUGUGGUACCUAAAGAGGAAGCAAAGAAACUUGACUAAACCACAGAGAUACAGACUGUCUCAGAGCAGCCUCCUUUAGGAAAGAGAGCUCUUCUUCCUCCUCCUCCUCCUCCUCCUCCACCCCAGCAUGGCCUUCAGAUUCCUUGGAUUCAUUCUACUCCCAUGGACCCUUCAGCCAGGAGGAGGCCAGCGAUUGACACAGCUCGGAGACCCGAUCCAGGUGACCUUGGCCAACCAUCGCCUUCCCUUGACUUGUAAGGUCACCUACCCCUACACCCCAGCCUUCAAGAAGUACGCGUUCAGUUACUAUCACGUUGACCUCCAGGGCAGGCAGAGCCCCCCCGUCUCAGCCAGCUGCAGUCAGGCCCCGGGAGUCGAGAACAUGACCCACACCGACACGUGCUCCUUCACCCUGACCGCUCUGCACGACGCUUCGGCUACAGGCACCUACUACUGCCUGGUGAAGUGGCCUUCCCACGAAGAGGCGGGCAGGGGGACCUUUAUCCUGGUCCGAGAUGCUGGGUAUAAAGAACCCCCAGAGAGCUCCAAGAAGAUUCACCUCUUCACCUUCACAGGCCUCCUGGCCGUGCUGAGCAUCCUGGGAACAGGCCUGUUGCUCUGGAAGGCAAAGAAACAGAGGAAGUCUGCCAAGAAGAUCCCACAUCAGAAAGACCCGGGCCCAGCUGAGUGCUCAGCAGACCCCAAGCCUGAUCCGGCAGGCUCCAUAUACACUGCUCUUCAGACCCACCAAGCUGAGGUCUAUGAUUGCCUUCAGAAGGAUGUCAGCGCCCCUCCCUCUGAGUGGAGCCCACCAACCCAGACAGAGCAGCCGCCGGGAGUGAAGGAGUUUGAGAGCAUCUAUGAGAAUUUCUAAAGAAGGUCUCAUCGCGGGUCCCUUCUCCUUUUCCCCACUCUUAAGGAUAUGAGGCUGCGUCAGUCCUCUGCCGCUGCCGUAUCGGGGACGGAAUGGGAGCUGACCUCCCCAGCACCUCUUCGGACAGCUCAUACAUCCAGCUGUCCAUCAGGACACGGCCCGGAUGCGCUUUGAGCUCCCUCCAAAGACCCGGACAGGAUGGAUCUUCCUUUCCCUCCGCUGUCCUUUCCCUUUCUCGCCUUCCCCAGGCCCCCGAGGAAUCCCAUGACUUCUCCCACGUCGAGCUAGGAGGCAUCUACGUGGGCAGCCUCUUACCGUCUCAUGCUACUGUUUCUACACACAGCCUCCCACAGAGGAGUCAGGAGUUUCUGAAUUCUCUGCCCCUUACUGUGCGACCACGAGCAG